AACCUGAAAUCCUUUUAGCGUGCUGCUCUUGGCAUGGUCUCACAAGCUGGCACAAGGGUGAUUAGGGUCCCAGUGUUCUCAGUGUGGUGCACCUAAGCAAGGUAAAGCCUUCUUUAAGCAAGUAAGGGUUGAGCAAAAGAUGGGAAUCUCCACUUCACACCGGCAGUCUUUUGGAACUUAGCACAGCAAGAGGCAUCUGGGAGCAGGAUGAGAGAUGCUGAUACUGUGCUCUUUCUGGGAAGAAAACUCUCUAAUUGAAACCAGGAUGCAGAGGGAGCUCUGUGUUUCUGGCUACAGCAAUCUGUAGUGGAGUCAGCCUCACUGAAUUGUGAGGUUGAAAGGAGGGAUUGGUCUUGGUUCAAAUAACAGAGUCUUUAGCCUCUCUUGUAGAAUUUGUGUAGGCAUUUCUUCGUUUGCCCUUUGCUGUUAGGACCAUUUCUAGAGGCUUUAAGUGGUUGUUUUUUUAAUAAUUUUCACUGGGGAGAAGGUAAGUAGAACUUCUGAUGCUGUGAUGCCAAAAGUCCUUGUGUGACUUCAUUUUUAUCUCUUACAGGUUGGUUAAACUUUUGCAUAUUCCCCAGUUUAAAUCCCAAAGGGACCCAUUAUGCUUUGCUUGUCUGUUACUGCAAUCUGUAUUGGGCCCGUUGAGCUCUUUCAUCUCAUGUAGUUUCCUAUAGGCAUGGAUGGGUGAGAUCCUCUGGGUCUUGCCUGUGGCCACACCUCCACAGAGAGCAGCCUUGUGUUGCUUUCCGGAACAAGAGAUUUUUAGCAAGCCAGUUGUGGAUAUUUGGAGGCAUGCCUGUGUAUUACAGGACAUUUAUCGUGUUGCUUACUGGGCAUUAAAAAAUGCUAGUAACACAUCCUCCCUAUCAUUGAUGACCAAAAACAGUCCCUCGAAUUUCCCACCGACCCCUUGGGUGAGGAGACAGAAUCGCCCUUGGGUUGAAAACACUGAAAUGGGUAAGUGAGCCUUAAUAAACGUAAGAAAUGAAACAAGAAAAACUCAACAGUGUAGAAAAUGAGCGAUUAAAGUAUAAAUGGAACAUUAUAAAAAUGGCAAUGCAGCUAUUUGUUUUCAGAUAAUAUUUAGUGACAUGGAGAACUGAACAUGUUACUUGUGAUGCAGGAUUUUUUUGGGAUGCCACUUCCCAUUGGCUGGAAACGUCUGUGGGCCGGCAGUGCCCCUACUCCGGCCUCUCUAGGCUCCGGGCUCGCUGCUUGGACUCACCCUGCCCACUCAGCCUGGUAGGCUGUACUUGGUUUUUGCUAAUGGCCUCUGCAGGCAGGACAGCCACGGAAUGAAUGAACCUAGUGAUCGAGAAGAUGGCCUUACCAAAGGACAUCAUGUGACAGACUCUGAGAAUGAUGAGCCCUUAAAUCUUAAUGCUAGUGACUCUGAAAGUGAGGAGCUUCACAGGCAAAAGGACAGCGACUCUGAAUCUGAGGAACGUGCACAACCUCCUGCAAGUGAUUCUGAAAAUGAGGAUGUCAAUCAGCAUGGGAGCGACUCUGAGAGUGAGGAGACCAGGAAAUUUCCUGGUAGUGACUCUGAAAAUGAAGAGCUUCUUAAUGGGCAUGCAAGUGACUCAGAAAACGAAGAUGCUGGAAAGCAUCCUGCCAGUGAUUCUGAGAUUGAGGAGCUCCAGAAGAGUCCUGCCAGUGACUCUGAAACAGAAGAUGCUCUAAAACCUCAAAUCAGUGACUCUGAGAGUGAGGAACCCCCAAAGCACCAAGCCAGUGACUCUGAAAAUGAGGAACCUCCCAAACCUCGAAUGAGUGAUUCUGAAAGUGAGGAGAUUCCUAAACCUCAGGUCAGUGACUCGGAAAGUGAGGAACCCCCAAGGCACCAGGCCAGUGACUCUGAAAAUGAGGAGCUUCCCAAACCUCGUAUCAGUGACUCAGAAAGUGAGGACCCUCCAAGGCAUCAGGCCAGUGACUCAGAAAAUGAAGAGCUUCCCAAACCCCGAAUCAGUGAUUCGGAAAGUGAGGACCCCCCAAGGAACCAGGCCAGUGAUUCUGAAAAUGAAGAGUUACCCAAACCCCGAGUCAGUGACUCUGAAAGUGAGGGACCUCAGAAGGGACCUGCCAGUGACUCAGAAACUGAGGAUGCGUCCAGACACAAACAGAAGCCAGAGUCAGAUGAUGACAGCGACAGGGAGAAUAAGGGAGAGGAUACAGAAAUGCAGAAUGACUCUGUCCAUUCAGACAGCCAUAUGGACAGAAAAAAGUUUCACAGUUCUGAUAGUGAGGAGGAAGAACUCAAAAGGCAAAAAAUGGACAGUGAUGAAGAUGAAAAAGAGGGUGAGGAGGAGAAAGUAGCGAAGAGAAAAGCCGCUGUGCUUUCUGAUAGUGAAGAUGAAGAGAAAGCAUCAGCAAAGAAGAGUCGUGUUGUCUCUGAUGCAGAUGACUCUGACAGUGAUGCUGUAUCAGACAAGUCAGGCAAAAGAGAGAAGACCGUAGCAUCUGACAGUGAGGAAGAAGCGGGAAAAGAAUUGUCUGAUAAGAAAAAUGAGGAGAAGGAUCUGUUUGGGAGUGACAGUGAGUCAGGCAAUGAAGAAGAAAAUCUUAUUGCAGACAUAUUUGGUGAAUCUGGUGAUGAAGAGGAAGAAGAAUUUACAGGUUUUAACCAAGAAGACCUGGAAGAAGAAAAAAGUGAAACACAGGUAAAAGAAGCAGAAGAUUCAGAUUCUGAUGAUAACAUAAAGAGAGGAAAACAUAUGGACUUUCUGUCGGAUUUUGAGAUGAUGUUGCAGCGAAAAAAGAGCAUGAGUGGCAAGCGCAGACGGAACCGUGAUGGUGGCACCUUUAUUAGUGACGCAGACGACGUUGUGAGUGCCAUGAUCGUCAAGAUGAACGAAGCUGCUGAGGAAGACAGACAGUUGAACAAUCAAAAAAAGCCGGCACUGAAAAAAUUAACUUUAUUGCCUACUGUAGUUAUGCACCUUAAGAAGCAGGACCUUAAAGAAACAUUCAUUGACAGUGGUGUGAUGUCUGCUAUCAAAGAAUGGCUCUCACCUCUACCAGAUAGGAGUUUGCCCGCACUCAAGAUCCGGGAGGAGCUGCUAAAGAUCCUGCAAGAGCUGCCUAGUGUGAGCCAGGAGACCCUGAAGCAUAGUGGGAUUGGACGAGCAGUGAUGUAUCUCUAUAAACACCCCAAGGAAUCAAGGUCCAACAAGGACAUGGCAGGAAAAUUAAUCAAUGAGUGGUCUAGGCCUAUAUUUGGUCUUACCUCAAACUACAAAGGAAUGACAAGAGAGGAAAGGGAGCAGAGAGAUCUAGAACAGAUGCCUCAGCGACGAAGAAUGAACAGCACUGGUGGUCAGACACCCAGAAGAGACCUGGAAAAGGUGCUGACAGGAGAGGAGAAGGCUCUUAGACCUGGAGAUCCCGGAUUCUGUGCCCGUGCAAGGGUUCCAAUGCCCUCAAACAAGGACUAUGUUGUCAGGCCCAAGUGGAAUGUGGAAAUGGAGUCAUCCAGGUUUCAGGCGACCUCCAAGAAGGGUAUCAGUCGACUGGAUAAACAGAUGAGAAAGUUCACAGAUAUCAGGAAAAAAAGCAGAUCUGCACACGCAGUGAAAAUCAGCAUUGAGGGCAACAAAAUGCCAUUGUGACUUUGCCUGGAAUGUGUCCCCAUCUGUGCUCUAAGAAAUGCUCAGUGGACUCUUUGGAGAAAGAAGACAUUUUAAAAAUUUUUUUAGUGUGUCUGUAAAUGGUUCAGCCUGUAUCAGAUGUUGUCAUAGGACUCACAUUUCUCUCAGUUAUAUUUAAAACUGUUUGUUGUGUACUUUGUACAGAGGAAUACUAGUCAUACUUCUAUAAACUUUACACAAUAAAAUUUCAUUCUGGU